AUGAACUACCAGCAGCAGCUGGCCAACUCGGCUGCCAUCCGGGCCGAGAUCCAGCGCUUCGAGUCGGUCCACCCCAAUAUCUACUCCAUCUACGAGCUGCUGGAGCGCGUGGAGGAGCCGGUGCUGCAGAACCAAAUCCGGGAGCACGUCAUCGCCAUCGAAGAUGCCUUCGUGAACAGCCAGGAAUGGACGUUGAGUCGAUCCGUCCCGGAGCUCAAAGUGGGCAUUGUGGGUAACUUGGCCAGCGGCAAGUCGGCCCUGGUGCACCGCUAUCUGACCGGCACGUAUGUCCAGGAGGAGUCUCCCGAAGGUGGCAGGUUCAAGAAAGAGAUUGUCGUCGACGGACAAAGCUAUCUGCUGCUGAUCCGAGAUGAAGGUGGCCCCCCGGAGGCCCAGUUUGCCAUGUGGGUGGACGCCGUCAUAUUUGUCUUCAGCUUGGAGGACGAGAUCAGUUUCCAGACCGUCUACCACUACUACAGCCGCAUGGCCAGCUACCGGAACACGAGUGAGAUCCCACUGGUCCUGGUGGGGACCCAGGACGCCAUCAGCUCCACCAACCCGCGGGUCAUCGACGACGCUCGGGCGCGGAAGCUCUCCAGCGACCUGAAGAGGUGCACGUACUACGAGACGUGCGCCACGUACGGGCUGAACGUGGAGCGGGUCUUCCAGGACGUUGCCCAGAAGAUUGUCGCCACGAGGAAGAAGCAGCAGCUGUCCAUAGGUCCCUGCAAGUCCCUCCCCAACUCGCCCAGCCACUCGUCCGUCUGCUCCGCACAGGUGUCCGCCGUGCACAUCAGCCAGACGAGUAACGGCGGUGGGAGCCUGAGCGACUACUCCUCCUCCGUGCCGUCCACGCCGAGCACCAGCCAGAAGGAGCUCCGCAUCGACGUGCCGCCCGCGGCCAACACGCCCACGCCCGUCCGCAAGCAGUCCAAGCGCCGGUCCAACCUCUUCACCUCUCGGAAAGGGAGUGACCCAGACAAAGAGAAGAAAGGCCUGGAGAGUCGGGCGGACAGCAUCGGGAGCGGUCGAGCCAUCCCAAUUAAACAGGGCAUGCUGCUGAAGCGCAGUGGCAAGUCAUUAAACAAGGAGUGGAAGAAGAAGUACGUCACCCUGUGUGACAACGGCGUGCUGACCUACCACCCAAGUCUGCACGAUUACAUGCAGAAUGUUCACGGUAAAGAGAUUGAUCUUCUGAGAACCACUGUGAAAGUCCCAGGGAAGAGGCCCCCCCGAGCCACGUCGGCCUGCGCACCCAUCUCCAGCCCGAAAACCAACGGCCUGUCCAAGGACAUGAGCAGCUUGCACAUUUCACCGAAUUCAGGGAAUGUCACUAGUGCGCCUGGGUCUCAGAUGGCGAGCGGCGUCAGCCUGGGCUCCUUCACCAGCCGAGCGGACGGCAUGCAGCAGCGGUCCUACUCUGUCUCCAGUGCCGACCAGUGGAGCGAGGCUACGGUCAUUGCAAACUCAGCCAUCAGCAGUGACACGGGGCUGGGUGACCCCCUGUGCUCGAGCCCCAGCAUUUCCAGCACCGCCAGCCCCAAGCUCGACCCGCCCCCCUCCCCUCACGCCAACAGAAAGAGGCAUCGGAGGAAGAAGAGCACGAGCAACUUCAAGGCUGACGGCCUCUCCGGCACCGCUGACGAGCAAGAGGAAAACUUUGAGUUUAUCAUUGUGUCCCUCACUGGCCAGACGUGGCACUUUGAAGCCACCACAUAUGAGGAACGAGACGCGUGGGUCCAGGCCAUUGAGAGCCAAAUCCUCGCCAGCUUGCAGUCGUGCGAGAGCAGCAAGAACAAGUCCCGGCUGACCAGCCAGAGUGAGGCCAUGGCCUUGCAGUCGAUACGGAACAUCCGCGGGAACUCCCACUGCGUGGACUGCGAGACCCAGAAUCCCAACUGGGCCAGUCUGAACUUGGGAGCCCUCAUGUGUAUCGAGUGCUCAGGGAUCCACCGGAACCUCGGCACCCACCUCUCUCGAGUCCGGUCUCUGGACCUCGACGACUGGCCUAUUGAGCUCAUCAAGGUGAUGUCGUCUAUCGGGAACGAGCUGGCCAACAGCGUCUGGGAGGAGAGCACCCAGGGGCGGACGAAGCCCUCGCUGGACUCCACAAGGGAAGAGAAGGAACGGUGGAUCCGGGCCAAGUAUGAGCAGAAGCUCUUCCUGGCCCCGCUGCCCUGCAUGGAACUGUCCCUGGGCCAGCACCUGCUGCGGGCCACGGCCGACGAGGACCUGCGGACAGUCAUCCUGCUGCUGGCGCACGGCUCCCGGGACGAGGUGAACGAGACCUGCGGGGAGGCGGACGGCCGGACGGCGCUGCACCUGGCCUGCCGGAAGGGCAACGUGGUCCUGGCCCAGCUGCUCAUCUGGUACGGGGUGGACGUGAUGGCCCGCGACGCGCACGGGAACACGGCACUGGCCUACGCGCGGCAGGCCUCCAGCCAGGAGUGCACCGAAGUCCUGCUGCAGUACGGCUGCCCCGACGAGCGCUUCGCGCUCAUGGCCACCCCCAACCUGUCCCGGAAGAACACUAACCGCAACAACAGCGGCGGGAGGGUGCCCACCGUCAUCUGAGGACCGCGGUGUGCCCGCAGCCUCCCGCGCGUGCCCUGGGGAGUCACCCACGUGAGUCCCGUCGGGUCCCCCUCACUUCUCCUGGUGGUCCCCGGCCACGCACCCACCCACCACACCACCCCGCCCCCUCCUCACCCCCAGCAAAAUCACAAAACCCAGAUGGCCCUCGAGGGGCGCGAAGAGGCUGCAGCGUCGACUCCCUUGCAUAGACUCCCCGCGACCGACAACACGAGCGGCAGGAGGGCCUGGGUUCUUGAUGGUUAGCACACCGGCGCCCGGACCCCGGUCGAUCCCGGCGGCCGGAGAAGACG